AAGAGUUACCUUCAACUUAAAUACAACUUAACCUCUCUAUUUUAUAGGACAAAGCUGUGUAGCACAAAGCAAACUUUUGCCUUGAGUUAAGAAAAGCGUAGAGACAAUAGAGCUGGGGUUGAUUUCACUUAUCAAGAGCAUGGCUAUCAUGUCACCCCACUAAAUGGGAUGCACUAGUGAGAGAGAUGAACUCUAUGUAACGGACAAGGAAGAGCCAAUCAAUAUGACUGGGAUGCUUCAGCUGCAGGAAGUUCAUAGUGGAGCUACCGAUGGAAAUGGAGGUUUUGCUACAUGGCCAGAUAACUCGACACUGCUGGUGGCUAUAGUCGUCAACAUUGAUAGAGCCCCGCCCAAUGCAAUCGAUCCUGCCCAAGAAAUUCUGUCUAAGCCGUACCCAAAGAAGUAUGAGAGUCCUACAUUCCCACAAUAUCAUGGGAGGAAGGGCAGUGCUAUGGAGCACGUUAGCAAGUUUCUUGAUGCCAUGGGAGCUUAUAGCGAAGAGCGCAUCACUGCCCUGGAUCUCCAUAACACCCGCCAAUGCACCAGUGAGGAUCUAAUGGCCUAUGUGAAAAGGUUCAAAGAUUUGGCACUUGAAUGUUGCAGUGGCCAUGUUGAGUCCUUCUUGGUGGAGAUUUGCAUCAAUAAUAUGUUUCUAGAAUAUCACGCUGUUCUUGAGAACAUCGAGAUCAAUCAGUUUGCAAGACUACUCUAUGUUGCUAGGAGAACAGCUAUUUCCAUUAAGGCCAUCUCUGGUGGGAAAACCGUGAUGAAGUCAAUGGAAAAGAAAGCCACGACUCAUACCUUGGCUGUCUCUAUCCGUGGCCAAGGGCAAGGCCAGAAAAGAAGAGAUCGUGAUGCAGCAUCAUCAUGUUGCUAAAAACUUGCCUCACCGACAUAGGAUGUGUUGGUAAAAGAAUAAGGCUUUCAGCAUUAU